AGUCAGGGCUACACUUGCUGGGCCGAUACAGUUAGCUAGCUAGCCUAUUUCCAUUGCAUUUGAAUAUAAUGAACACUGUACUAUUACAAUCCAGUGCUAGCAAUAUGGUUACCUAGCUCACGAAUCCAGCAGACCAAGAACAAUAUCCCUGACGACCUACCUAUUAUGCUUAGUGAGUGUAGGUAUACCGACAGGCAUGCUGACAGGGCCAGUUUAGCUGUAACACCAAGAGGCCAUUGGUGUUGUUAUAAGAAUGCUAUCAAAGAUAAUUCAUAACCUAUAGCUAACUGGCUCAUACAGUUAGUAUAUAAGCCAAGAUGCAAGCCUAUUCGAACAACAUGCACCCAUUUGAUUUUUUAGGUCAGCUAUACUCAUGAACUUUGACGGUCUGGACCCAGGGAUGGGUGAAUACGCACCUGCCCUCCAUGGGAGUCUAGAGCCAGGUAUGGAGCCCUCAAUGGACCCACGGCUCAAUCCUGUCUUGUUGCAAGGUGUGGAGCUCAAUCCAGAUGGUUUUACCGUGGCCGUACCCGAAUCUGUGCACAUGAUGGAAGGGAUGUUCUCAGAACUCCACAGUGUGCAUGCAGAAGUGGGCGUUCCUGUCACAGCAACUCACUUUGACCUGCAAGAGGAGCUGCUCUGGAUGGGGAACCACAGGGGGCAUGGAAUGUCCUUCUUUGGUCCCACAAUGGGUCGCUACUCUUCUUUCCAGGCGCACUCAACUGAUGAUAUUCGUUAGAUUCAGAGCAUGGAGACAGGGGUUCUGUUUCUCUCUAAGAGUAAUCUCAAGUGCCAAACUCGUGGAGGCCUUGUCAUGUUCGACUACCUAAUGGAGGAGGGAGCUGACAUGCAUAGUCUGCUUAUGACAGGAAACAACGCAAUGCUCAUGGGUGGACUACAGAAUUAUGUGCUUGAAUUUGACCUUAAUACUGUGCAGCAGACACAAAGGUAUACGGUCGAAGCUCCAGGGGUAGCUAUCAUGCGGCAGUACAAUCGUUUCUUAUUCUGUGGGAACAUAUCUGGGAAGGUGUCGCUUUGUGACCUGCGCACCUUCAAGCUAGAACAUGAGUUUGAUGCCUUCUCCAGUAGCCUGUCAGACUUUGAUGUCCAUGGCAACCUCUUGGCUGCGUGUUGGUUCUCCAGUCGAGGAAUGAACGAACUAGCGUGUGACCGCUUCCUCAUGGUGUUUGACCUGCGCAUGAUGCGCACUGUGACACCACUCCAGGUGCAUGUGGACCCCCUCUUCUUGUGCUUCAUCCCUACGUACACGUCACGCCUGGCCAUCAUCUCACAGACAGGACAGUGUCAAUUCUGUGAACCCACUGGGCUAGCCAACCUGGCUGAUGUCUUCCAUGUCAACACUGUUGGCCAGUUGCUCAUGAGCUUCGACGUGUCCUCCAGCAAGCAGGCUUUGGUCUUUGGGGACUCUGGAGGAGGUGUGCACCUUUGGUCAGACGCCCCAGAGGUCUCCUACAACGGUUAUUCACAGGAGACUGAAUUUGCUCUGCCCUGUCUGGUGGACUCCUUGCCUCAGCUGGACUGGAUCCAUGACCUGUUGCCCUUGUCCCUCAUCCCCAUGCCCUUUACCAGCUCAGAGCCACUACUGUCAGACUGGGUCACCACACAGGCCACUCCCAGCCCUAGACGAGCACCCCCAGUGGACCCAGAGAUCCUGCAUACGAUGAAGACUGUCGGGUUCGUUGGUUACGCCCCCAAUCCUCACACCCGUCCCCGGGACCAGGUUCCGUACAAGAUCAAGGAGGUGGAGCUGGACUUUGACAACUACAAUCAGGGGGUUCCUGAGUCUCCUAUUGGUCGAGAUGAAGAACCACACAUCUACAUGGUGCCCAAAAAAUACAGGAAGGUCACCAUUAAAUACUCCAAACUUGGGCUGGAAGACUUUGACUUCAAACAUUAUAACAGGACCCUGUUUGCUGGCCUGGAACCUCACAUUCCCAAUGCUUACUGUAACUGCAUGAUCCAGGUGUUGUAUUUCCUGGAGCCAAUCCGCUGCCUGGUCCAGAACCACCUGUGUCAGAAGGAGUUCUGUCUGGCAUGUGAGCUGGGCUUCCUCUUCCACAUGCUAGACCUGUCACGAGGAGACCCCUGUCUGGCUAGUAAUUUCCUCAGAGCUUUCCGAACUAUCCCGGAGGCGUCUGCCCUGUGUCUGAUCCUGGCUGACUCUGAUGAGCAGACGGGGAAGGCCAGGUUGGGCCGUCUCAUCCAGAGCUGGAACCGCUUCAUCCUCACCCAGCUCCACCAGGAGACCCAGGAGCAGGAGGGGCCACAGGCCUACCGAGGAGCCAGCAGCAGUGUUCUGGGCUCCUCAGGAGAGUCUGUGAUUGGAAGGAAGUUUGGGUGUGAGGUUGAGAACAGCAGCCUGUGUCGCUGUGGAAAGGAGACAGGGGUAACACAUCAGCAGUGGUAUCUAUUCAAUGACUUCCUGAUUGAGCCAAUUGACAAGGCUGAAGCAGCACAGUUUGAUGUGAACUGGAAGCUUCCAGCCAUCCUGUAUUACGCCAAGAGAAACUACCACUCCAAAUACGACCUACGCAUUAAGAACCCCAUCGAGGCCAGUGUGCUGCUGACAGAGGCAUCGCUGGCGCGAAAGCAGAGGAAGAGCCACGCCACGUUCAUCCCCCUCAUGGUCAGUGAGAUGCCCCAGGCCGGGGACCUCGUGGGACUGGACGCUGAGUUUGUCACCCUCAACCAGGAGGAGGCAGAGCUACGCAGCGACGGCACCAAGUCCACCAUUAAGCUGUCUAUGGCACGGAUCACCUGCGUGCGUGGUCAGGGUCCCAACGAGGGAGUACCGUUCAUCGAUGACUACAUCUCUACUCAGGAGCAGGUGGUGGACUAUCUGACCCAGUACUCAGGCAUCAAACCAGGGGACCUGGAUGCUAAGAUUUCUUCUAAGCACUUGACCACUCUGAAGUCAACAUACCUGAAGCUGCGCUUCCUCAUUGACACCGGAGUGCGCUUUGUUGGCCAUGGUUUACAGAAGGACUUCCGGGUUAUAAAUUUGCUGGUGCUGAAGGAUCAGGUAGUUGACACCGUCUACCUGUUCCAUAUGCCUCGUAAGAAGAUGAUUUCUCUGCACUUCCUCGCCUGGUACUUUCUGGACCUUAACAUCCAAGGUGAGAACCAUGACAGUAUUGAGGACGCACGGACUGCCCUUGCUCUGUACAGGAAGUACCUGGAACUGAGUUGUGGAGGAGCGAUUGACGAAGUCCGCAAAGUUCUGAAGGGACUCUAUGAGAAAGGCCGCAAGCUAGACUGGAAAGUCCCUGACUGUGACACAGGAGAUGGUCAAGGUAGCCCAAAAAGUAUGAAACUGGCAUUGCAAUAGAGGGUGUAAUGUUGGUGGGAUCUGGAUAUUAUUGGGGCUAACUUUAUUUUUAUUAGCAGUAUACGGGAUCUAUCAAUCUUCGUUGAUUGAAUGUAGUCCCCUCAGUACAGUCUUCCCCUCAGUGAAGGGUCUGUGAAGAGUGCCUGAAGACAUUCCUGCCAAACUGAUUUAAUCCUGGUGUUUAAUCAUUUCAAUCAGCCUUUUAUUUAUUGUUAAAACCAGUACUCACAAGGUAUUGACUCCCAUAAAGUAUGAAACUGGACAGGUUAUCAACAAGAGCAGAAUGCUGAAAGAGGUUGUGUCAGUGUCCCAACUUUCCACAUCAUCUUGCUUGCCUGUACAGUACCCUGAUCUGACUCUGCCAUUUACAUUAUUUGAAAAAGGACUGAACAGUUUUGAUCUUCUCCAAAACAGAAGUCAAAACAAUUUCUACUUUCAUAAAGAGUGUUUGUCUUUAUGCUGUACAUUAUGCUGCUUACAUGGGCAAAUAAUGUUAAGAUUUUGAUAAACUUUUUAUAGUGAUGUUUUUUUAAAUAAAAGCUUAAUAUAGUACACUGAA